AAAUUUCGGACCUUUCUUCGAAGAGAACAUGGCCGACAUUUUGGUCUUGCUGUCAUGAAGAUUUUCUAGUGACAAAUUUUACCUUUGUAGUUCUUCAUGCACGGUUUUAAGUUCCAAAAACGUUUUAUUUUUAAUUGAAUAGACGGUGUUUAGUAUAAGAUAUUUUAUUUUUAUAAAACAUGGCAGCUGAUCGAGAGAUUGCUGCUGAAGACAGCAUAAGAGUGGUGUGCCGAUUUCGACCAUUGAAUGACUCCGAGGAAAAAGCUGGUUCCAAAUUUAUUGUGAAAUUCCCUUCGGGACCUGAUGAUAAUUGCAUUUCCAUAGGGGGUAAAGUAUACUUGUUUGACAAAGUAUUUAAGCCAAAUGCGACUCAGGAGAAGGUCUACAAUGAAGCUGCCAAAAGUAUUGUCUCUGAUGUACUGGCUGGUUACAACGGCACUAUAUUUGCUUAUGGACAGACAAGUUCCGGAAAGACACAUACCAUGGAAGGUGUCAUAGGAGAUCCAGGGAAACAGGGUAUUAUUCCACGGAUAGUCAAUGACAUAUUCAACCACAUCUAUGCAAUGGAGGAAAACUUGGAAUUCCAUAUAAAAGUCUCAUAUUUUGAAAUUUAUAUGGACAAAAUUCGGGAUUUAUUAGAUGUGUCAAAGGUUAACCUCAGUGUUCAUGAAGACAAAAAUAGAGUUCCAUUUGUAAAAGGUGCUACAGAAAGGUUCGUGUCAAGCCCCGAAGAAGUGUUUGAAGUUAUAGAGGAAGGAAAGUCAAAUCGACACAUUGCUGUUACAAACAUGAAUGAACAUUCAUCUAGAUCUCAUUCUGUCUUCCUCAUUAAUGUAAAACAGGAGAACUUAGAAAAUCAGAAAAAACUUUCUGGGAAACUAUACCUUGUAGAUUUGGCUGGCUCUGAAAAGGUAUCUAAAACUGGUGCUGAAGGUACGGUACUUGAUGAAGCUAAGAACAUAAACAAAUCACUGUCUGCAUUGGGUAACGUCAUCUCAGCGCUCGCAGACGGAAACAAAUCCCACAUCCCAUACCGAGACUCGAAACUGACGCGUAUCUUACAAGAGUCACUUGGUGGUAAUGCAAGGACAACCAUUGUUAUCUGCUGUUCACCAGCUUCUUUCAACGAAAGUGAAACCAAGAGUACACUUGAUUUCGGCAAAAGGGCCAAGACUGUGAAGAACGUGGUCUGUGUUAAUGAGGAGCUUACUGCCGAGGAAUGGAAACGACGUUACGAGAGAGAGAAAGAGAAGGUGGCUAGGCUGAAGGGCAAGGUUGAAAAGUUAGAGGCAGAGCUGGCCCGCUGGCGCUCAGGCGAGACGGUGCGGCCCGAGGAACAGGUGAACCUGCAGGAGCUCGAGGCCGUGACGCCCGUGACGUCAUUCAUCGAGGACAAACCUCCGGCGCCGCCGGUACCAGUAGCCGUUUCAAGUGCCGUGGAAGAUGCGGCCAUGCAGGGCAAGCUGGAAGCUCUGUACCAGCAGCUGGACGACAAGGACGAGGAGAUCAACCAGCAGUCGCAGCUGGUGGAGAAGCUCAAGGACCAGAUGAUGGAGCAGGAAGAGCUCAUUGCUUGCACAAGGUGCGCUAUGUGUUGUAGUUAUUAUUUGUAGCCGGUACCAGUAGCAGUGUCAAGUGCCGUGGAAGACGCGGCCAUGCAGGGCAAGCUGGAAGCUCUGUACCAGCAGCUGGACGACAAGGACGAGGAGAUCAACCAGCAGUCGCAGCUGGUAGAGAAGCUCAAGGACCAGAUGAUGGAGCAGGAGGAGCUCAUUGCUUGCACAAGGCGCGACUACGAAUCCCUGCAGGGUGACAUGAAUCGCAUCCAGCAAGAGAACGAGGCCGCCAAGGAGGAGGUGAAGGAGGUGCUGCAGGCGCUCGAGGAGCUGGCCGUCAACUACGACCAGAAGUCACAGGAGGUCGACAGCAAGAGCCGCGAGUGCGACCAGAUGUCUGAGGAGUUGCAGGCCAAGCAGACGGCGUUAGCCUCCGCGACGGCCGAGCUGCAGCAGCUCCGCGACAUGUCCGCACACCAGCGCAAACGCAUCGCCGAACUGCUCUCCAACCUGCUCCGCGACCUCGCCGAGAUCGGCGCGGCCGUCGGCGGCUCCGAGCUCGACUUCAAGCUCAACGUCGACACCGUGGGCAAGCUCGAGGAGGAGUUCACCGUGGCCCGGCUGCACAUCAGCAAGAUGAAGAGCGAGGUCAAGAACAUUGUGCAGCGGUGCCACUCGCUAGAGACUGCCAAUAUUGACGCUAAUCAGAAGAUCGAGGAGUACGAGCGUUCGCUGGGAGAAUGCAGACUGCUCAUCUCGCAGCACGAGGCGCGCUGCGCGUCGCUCGCGGAGUCCAUGCGAGAGGCGGAGAACAAGAAGCGGCAGCUGGAGGAGGCCGCGGACGCGCUGCGCGAGGAGUGUGCUCGCCUGCAGGCGGCGGAGCGCGUGUCGGCGGCGGCGGCGGAGCAGCGCGCGGACACGCAGGUGCGCGGCGCGCUGGAGGCGCAGCUCGAGCAGCUGCGCGCCGCGCACGCCACGCAGCUCUCCUGUCUGCGCGACGAGCUCGCCACCGUGCAGCGCAACCACCAGGACCUCAAGGACACUUACCAGGAGCUGACGCUGGCGCGGCAGCAGCUGCAGGACGACUACGACAAGCUGAAGCGCGAGGAGGCGGACAAGUCGGCCAAACUCAAGGAGCUCAUUCAAAGCGUGGAGAGGCGUGAGCAGGCGCGGGCCGAUCUCAAGGGCUUGGAGGACACGGUCGCUAAGGAGCUGCAGACCUUGCACAACCUGCGCAAGCUAUUCGUGCAGGACUUGCAGGCCAGAAUAAAGAAAUCGAUCAACUCGGAGGAAGGUGCCGAGGAGGAGGGCGGUUCCCUGGCCCAGAAGCAGAAGAUCUCGUUCCUGGAGAACAACCUCGAGCAGCUGACGAAGGUGCACAAGCAGCUGGUGCGCGACAACGCCGACCUGCGCUGCGAGCUGCCCAAGCUGGAGAAGCGGCUGCGCGCCACCAUGGAGCGCGUCAAGGCGCUGGAGACUGCACUCAAGGAAGCAAAGGAGGGCGCUAUGCGAGACCGCAAGAGGUACCAAUUCGAAGUGGACCGGAUCAAAGAGGCUGUUCGUGCCAAGAAUCUCGCCCGAAGAGGCCCACAGGCACAAAUCGCGAAACCGAUCCGCGCCGGCGGCGGGCACCUGGUGGGCGGCGCGGCCGGCGCCGUGCGGCCCGCGCCCGCGCAGGACAUCAAGCGCAAGUCCAUCGUCGUGGGCGGCCGCGAUGAAAGUUGAAGAGCUAACCACAUCACAUCUUAGAGAAUUUAAAUGGAACUUCAUAGGUGUACCUAACUUACGGCGAAAAUCAUUCUCGAGCAUUAUAUCCAUUAUAAUAAAAAUACGUGUUUAAUAAAAGCCUAAUUUAAGCUGCAACAAAAAAAAGAAAUAUCGUAGUUCUCUUAAGCUUAAAUGUUUCGGGCGAUCUAAUUAAUAAUGUCAGUGCACAUGGACUUAGACGGUAUAGCUUUUUGCUAAUAUUUAAGCUACUUAAAAUUAGAUAUGUAUAAUUGUUAGGUACCCCUGCAAAAAGUAUUACUUUCUAUAUAAUCAGAUCCGAAGCGACGGUUGCUUUUUUUUUACAAAGGAGAUAAAAUAUUUUUAUGAAAUGACAAAGUAUUAAAUUUAGCUUGAUAACGUCUUGAGUGCUGAUCGCAUUACAUACUAAAUUAAAUAUUCUAAUUAAUCUAAGUGGUAUAAUUCCGUGGGAUGAAAUGCGGCCGAUGAAAGUACGUUAAAUGUGCAGUACAAAGACACCGAGCCAGUUACCAAGAUUUCUGGAAACACUGAGACAGUGCUCCCAUUUCUCCCAUCGGACACGAUUCAUGUUUUCAAAAGUUGCAAUACGUUAUUAUGUUAAGAUUCGCUGUGAAUAAUUUGCAGACUUGCAUAUGCUACCGCACAAAUAAAAUAAAAAUACAAAAAAAAUGUUUUUUAAAAUAAGUGUCUAUUACGGUUGCUGUAAAGUCCUCGUAAUCACGUGUGGUGGCAAAUGCAUACCAGUAUGCAUCUUCAAUGUGUAGUUGUAGAUUAGGCUUCAUUGAUAUAUAUUUUUAUAUAUUGUGAUAAGCGUUGUUAUGCCGACAAGCGAGCAUUUAUUUAAUUACUAACGAAUGAUUCGGUAGGUUCGUUAAGGUGUCAUGGGUGAUAACGAGAACUCGAAACAGUCAGGAACAGAUUAUAAUAGAUUGUCGGGCAUUGGAUUGAGGACGUGAGUGCCUGCGCGACUUGCUGCAACUAGCAAGUUCUCUGCUGUCAGGCACAGUCUGCGACGCCAGAAGGAUUCAUAUUUUACAUUUUUAGUGGGUGAUUUUUGUAUUCCAUCCAGGAAUAUGAAAAUCUCAUUCAACUAAUUACAUUUUUGCUCUGGUUACAUAGGAAUACAUAUAAAAUAAUAUUUACCAAUGCGUAGUAAAAGCACUUAUAGAAGAGUUACUGCAUAAAUUAGUGUAGGUUGGUUAUCAUUCAUUAUCACCUUUCGCUUAGCUCUCAUCGCGCGUCAUGUUCACGUUUGCUUGUGAUCUGUGAUUUUAGCACAUAAUAUAAUGAACCCCGUCUGCUUAGAAAGUCUCAGUGGUUAUUUUAGUUAAGUUCCGAGCAUAUGUAAUGCCGCGGAACGUAAACGAUAUACGUGCAAUAUUCCUUUCAAGCACAUGAUAAACGAAUGACAAGUGAUGCUUAAAAUACCUACCCAGUACCCGAUUGGUUGAAGUUCUCUAUUGCUUUUAGGAUACAUCCGCUUCAUCUAGAUCUGUAACUUUUAUAAGUACUUACGAAUGUAAUCACGAAUAGGGGCCAGCAGUGCCGCGUCGCGUACAUGAGGAGUUAUGGAACUACGUGAACCACAUGUCAGAAAACCAAAGAUAAAUCACAUUUUUAGAUUUAUUGAUUGAGAUUAAAUGCCACCUGAAAUUCAAUAAGUUAUAUCCCGAAUUACUCGAUGGUUCCAAAGCUCCUUGUUUUUCUUGCAAUACAUAUAUGAUUUAGGUGUAAAGUUAUAGUAAAUUAUUUCACAAUUAAGUUAGGUUCUCGAUUUUAUAAUUUUUUAUUUAUUGUUUCACGAACCAAAAUUGUCUUGUUUUUUUUUUCACUUUUAAAGUGUUGUACGCUUUUUUUACAUACCUCUAUUUACAUAAUUUUAACAAUCAUGAUCAAAUACAUAUAUUUUUUCAUUAAAAAUGGGGAUGUAAGCAAAGAUGCAUUCCACGAGGAAACUCAAGUGUGUGUCUUUGUCGUCGUUAAGUCUAGAUUGUUUUGUUUUGUUGUCGUGUAGGUACAUAAGAGGCUACCCUCGGUUACUCGCGCCUGUGGUGGCGCUCGACGGGCUCCGGCGCAUCGCAAACAAACCGACAGGCUUGCCUUUGCACCAAGUGAUUUAGUUUGUAUUGACAUCUUUUGUAUGAUGUAUUUAAUAUACAGGAAAUUCUCAGAAAGAGCGUUUUCUUGAUUUUUAUUUAUUAUAAAAAUAAAAUUAUGAAUUUAAUUUGC